CAAACAGACAGGUGGUUGUUUCUGGAUCCUGCAUCAGUCUCAAAAGUUGAAUUCCUCCAGCACUUCAUAUUUUUUCUGGUUGUCAAGGCAUUGGCACCGCUCAGGAGUUACGUCACCAAAAAAAAAAUACCAGGGACUGAAUAUUUGUGUAGGAAUCCCACUCACAUGCUUUUACUGCAAAAGGCUGGAAUACAAUCUCGGUUCAACCUUCAUAUGGAAUAAUGCACCCUGCCAUCUUCAAGGUCGAGAGGAUAUCCUGCCACUCUGAGCAUUGCCUUUGAACUUGAUCCCGUCGAACAGGUAUCCACCGCACUGUUCAGAGCCCAGUAUCUAUAAUGAAUGCUAGUGUCGAUGCUUUCAUCAGUCCUUUCCUUUAUCAGACCCUUCUCUGUGACUAUAAUGGUACGGAUAUGGCUACUGCCAUGGGACACUGGUGUAACAAAAGCAUCGGUCCUCACUUUCAACUUCCCGUCUUCUCCAGCGCAGCUAAAGUAAGAGUGGGGAUCACCAUCCUCAUUUUCACCAUUUCUGCUUUCUGCAACCUUGGCGUGCUGUGGGUUACCAGUCGGAACCGCAAGAGGAAAUCCCACGUCAGAAUUCUGAUCGUCAACCUCGUGGUGGCGGACCUCCUGGUGACAUUUAUCGUGAUGCCGGUUGACGCUGCCUGGAAUAUCACCGUGCAGUGGCAGGGCGGAGACGCCGCCUGCAAGCUGCUCAUGUUUCUCAAGCUGAUGGCCAUGUACUCCUGCGCGUUUGUCACUGUGGUGAUUAGCAUCGACCGCCAGUCAGCCAUUCUAAACCCCCUGGGCAUCAGUGAGGCUAAGAAAAGGAAUAAGGUCAUGUUGACUGUGGCUUGGCUACUAAGUGGCACCUUGGCCACGCCCCAGAUUCUCCUGUUCCAUACUGUAACCAUUAAUGAACCCCAGAACUUCACACAGUGUACCACAGUUGGGAGUUUCAAGCAUCACUGGCAAGAAACCUCCUACAACAUGUUUACCUUUGUUUUCCUCUUUCUCAUGCCGUUGAUGAUCAUGAUAUUGUGCUACACCCGGAUUCUGAUGGAGAUAUCAAACAGGAUGGCCAAGGAAAACUUAUCUGCAACGGAAGUGCAUUUAAGACGGUCAAAGAACAAUAUACCAAAGGCACGCCUAAGAACUUUGAAGAUGAGCAUCAUUAUUGUAACCUCCUUCAUCGUUUGCUGGACACCCUAUUACCUCCUGGGACUCUGGUACUGGUUCUCCCCAGAAAUGCUUUCUGAAGGAAGGGUCUCACAUGCAUUGAGUCACAUCCUCUUCAUCUUUGGUCUCUUCAACACAGUCUUGGAUCCCAUCACCUACGGGCUUUUUACCAUCCACUUCAGAAGAGGACUACAAUGGUGCUGCCACGCAGCAACAUUGCCCUCCCACUCAGACCUCAAUUCUACACGGACAGGCUCAUUCAGGUGCUCUGGGUCGUCUUUUCGGCUCAAGAGGUUGCCGGCACCUGGUCAAGAAGGUCUAAGGUCAAUCACAGAGACUGAGCCUCACAGCAAAGACAGCUGUUGCAAGAAUGGUUACCUUGAUGCACAGGAAGGGUACCCGUGAAGGCACCAGACUGGUGAGAUCACCAAACUAGACAGCAGGUCAGUCCAGCUGUAAGUAACAGUUCAAUCAGUGUGUGCAUGGUUUAAUUUACCAGCUCGUCCAGUGGUUGAAGUUUCUUUUCUUCCCCAUUUUUCCUAUUCCUUGCUUUUGUGAGUUUAUUCUGUACAGAGUCAAGGAGUAAUUUUAUCAGGGUGCCAUUCAGUCCAUUAAGUUUUUACAAUCCCUAUCUGACAGCAAUCUAGUUCAUCCUAGUACACUGACCUUCUCCCCAUAUUCCUGGAAGUUCAUCUCCUUCAAUACUCAUCCAUCAAAUUAAGUUGUUUCUUAGACAACAAAAAAAAAAUUGGACAUGAACCAAAGGUGUCUUCCUAUCACAAGUAAUGCCAAUAAUGCUCAAACACCAGGAUUGGGGUGUUUAUAAGCAAUGUUCUUGGGACUGUCAGAAUCAUCUUCAAGUACUUCAAUCUUAAAAUGGUUAGUCAAAUCUCCCCAAUGCAUCACCAGCACCAGCCUAUCACCAACACUGUCCCCCUUUGUUAAGCGUGUGUGUAUACACACACAGAAAGGUGUCAGAAAAAAGCCGGAAGUAUCACGAACCCACCCUGCUCAUGGGCUGUUUGUCCAAAUCACAUCAGGUAGGAGGCUACGCCAGGAUCACUAGACUCAAAAGCAGUUACUUUCUCCAAUCAGUAAGGCUGAUCAACACCUCCACCCAC